AAUUUUAUUCUUGAACAAUGUCUAUUCUAUUCAAAAGAUUUUGGUUUAUUAAUUACUUACUGAUUGGAUUGAAUAUUAUGGUUUAUUCAGUAGGAAUUUCAAGAACCUAAUACUAAACUUAUAACACCUUCAAAGAACUUCUUUAUAGGGAACUAUGUCUUGAAAAUAAUCAUAGAAGGAGAGAGUUUUUUAAAAAAAAAAAGAGAUUCUGUUUCUCUGAAAUGUUUCAUUAUACAGAAACUGAUCCAUCAUGUUUCUAUCCCCAUAGCAACAAAACUCAAAAGGAUACACAGAGAUUCUCCAUGAAAACAAAUGAUUGUUUUCUUAUUCGAUCAUUAAAAAACUAUGAUCCAUCUAUACAAACGAAUAAUGAUGCUCCUUAUUUGGUUCCAGAAUAUAAUACAUCCAAUUCUAAUAACACUAUACUUACAAUACAUAAGUUAGAUUCAUCUUUUCAAUCAAAACUAGAUCCUUCCAAAUCUGUUGGUCAUAUACAUGAUCAACUGAAUAUACAAUCUGGAUAUGAACCACAAAUCAAUGAAAGAAGAAAUCCUGGAAACUUAGAUCAAGUUCAUAGAAUAACCGAUGAACAACAACGUUACAUAACAGAAAUCAAGUUUUAUUUAUAUAAUAAAAGAAUAAUGAAUAGUGAUCAUUUGAAUGAUUCAUUUUCAGAGGGAAUAUCUUAUGUAAAAGCUAUCCCUUGUAAAAUAAUCCAUUCACAGUAUAACCAUUCUGCGAAAGUGCAUUAUCCACAAGAUAUUUCACUACCGUUUGUGUCAGCAACUAACUCUGUUUCUGUGAGUUUUACAUUACCAUCAUUAAAAGGUAUCGAAGACUGUUCAAAUUCAUCCAAAGAUAGUUAUCCUUAUAGUGGAAAACAAUCAAUUGGUAUACAGUUUAAAUUAUUUGAACAAACUCAGGAACUAAAAGAGAUUGUGAUUCAAACAACUUAUAAUGAUAUGGAAACGUGUUUCCAGGCAAAGAAAUCCAAAUAUUCAUCAGAGAAAACUUCUGUAUCAUUAAAUGAACAACAAAAUAAUGAUGGUUCAUUUUCUUCCAAACAAACUCCUAACCAAGGUACCUACAAUCAAGGGGAGUCUAAUUCUCUAAAUGAUAAUAUAGUAAAUUAUGUUAAUCAAAGGGGUGAAUUUGAUAAUGUAGAUACAAUAGAUAUAGAUAAUAGAACAUAUGUUUGUAGUUGUCAUCAUUUCUGUUGCCUAUCAGAAGGAACUAAUCCAACUCAAAAUGAAGAUCAUGAUGUUCAACAUGAGGAUGAAUGUAUGGAACAAUUUGAAGUAGAUAACUAUUCAAACAAUCAUACAUUAACAUUUAAAAAAAGGGAUGAAAGUUCCCAAUUCUCUUUUAAUGUAAUGAAUGUGGAUUCGAACAAACAAUCAUGUCAAUCUAACAACAGAAAGAGUGUUGUAUAUUCGAAUACAAAGAAAGAAACUUGUUAUGAUAGUAUGAUGGACGAAUGUAAUGUAAUAUGUACUUCUAGCACUAGUGAACACAAAACGAACUCGGAUUUACUGGUAGACAAUCUUUUCAAAAGAGAUAGUCAGGAUGAAAAAUCCUAUAUAUUACAUAGGUGGUUACAUGAACAGGUAGCAUAUUCAACUGAAGGACAUAUAUCUACAGUCAGUGAUAAGAUUCCAUCCUUGAAGGUAAAUCGUUCACCUACUUCUCUUGAAUAUCAGAUCUUGAAUUCUGUUGAUAGUAAACAUUCUAUUCUUUCAAAAGAUAUCAUAGAAAAAGAAACUAAAUUUUCUAAUAUCAUAUCACGUUCUGUAGGUUCUUUAUCUUCUUCUUCUUUCACACUGUCGAUGUCUCACAUUAACUCGAUUUCAAAAAAGAAUAAUCAAUCAAACAAGUAUUAUACAACUAAAAGUCAAGAUGGUUUAGGAUCAUCAAAAGAAAAACAUGAAAAACUAUUCAACAGUUCACCAUGUGGAUCAUCUACUCAUACACUUCAUAAUGAACAAUCAAAAAAACAACGAAAACCUUCAAAUAUUCUAUCAAGUAGAGCUCAAUCCAAAUCGAAUUCAUUUCCAAUUAAUUCAUCAAAAUUACAGAAUCAUUUAUCAAAUCAUUAUGUCAUAGAUGAUAAAAAGGAUCAACAAUCUAAUCAAAGAAGACUAUCAUCCAUUUCAAAAAAUCGCUUCCUUGACAAGACAGUAGAAAUGUUAACUUCCACAAGGAGAUCCAACUACUUGACAUACUCUAAUGCUGAUCCUUUCACAAUUAAUAAUAAUAAUAAUAAUAAUGAUCUCGCCAAAGUUUUUGAAUUAGAUCCAUAUGAUGAUAUAAUCAAAAGUUAUUAUAAUACUACUGAUAGACGUAUCAAAUCUAUUUCUAUCAAAACAAAUUGUAUAAUACAAAUUAAUGGACCAUUUACAACAUUCUAUAAACAUGCCAAAAGUAGUAUAGUGAAUCUCUCUAAAAUUAAAUAUCAAUGUCAUAUUUAUGGUUUCAAUGAAAAAAUGCUUGAAAAAUGUAUAAAUUUUAUGAAAGAAACUUUUCCUAAUUCAUUAUUACAUUUUUAUGAAAAGAAAGGAUAAUACUCUCCCUACUCCAUCCCUCUAUUUUUGAAAAAAUGUCAAAUCAAUAAUUUGCCUUAAUUUUAAAUCAAUUAGAUUAGUUGCUAUGGUGAUUAAUUUGUUGAAAUGAAACUAUUCAGCUCAGAGACUAACACUUCAUCACCUGAGUUAUCAAUCUUCUACAUCAUCUUAAAAUACACACAUUAUUUGUCACAAUAUCAACUAAAAAGGUGUUUGAUAUUCAAGUCUGUACUAUUUUAUUUAAUGAACCAAUCUUAUUUUUAUUCAUUCAUAAACAUGUGAAUAAAUUUACACAAAUUAGUGUCAG